CCCAGUCGUGCAAAGCCCAAGCCGCAGGGAUGGAGAAGACACCGGACAGGGACGCGCUCGGCGGCGGGAGCGAAGCCGAGGGGGCCCCGGGCCCCGAAGAGCUGCCCCCGCAUCCCCAGUCCCCGCCGCCGCCGCCGUCCCCAAGGCCUCCCGCGUCCCCGCAGACCCCCGAGCCCCCGCGGCCCGAGGCGCCGAGCGAGGUGGAAGCCAGGCAGCUGCUGGUGGAGGAAUGGGGGCCCCUGAGCGGGAGGCUGGAGCUGCCCCCCAGCCUCAGCUGGCAGCUGCUGUUCCUGGAGCGGCCGCUCUACCGCAACCUGCUCAGCUCGCCCAACCCCGAAGGCAUUAACAUCUACCAGCCGGCUCCCCCGACGGGUCCCACCCGGAAACCCCUGCAGGCGCUGGGCAAUUUUCAGGGAUGGUACAUCACUACGGAGAACCUCCAGGGGCCCUUCAGCUGGACUGUGAAGGAGCAGUGUGUGAACUUGCUGGCCAAGAAGCUCUGGGAGGAGCUGCUGGAUGACGAACAGCCCGACAUCACCAUCAUGGACUGGUUUGAGGACAGCCGCCUGGACCAGUGUGUGUACGAGCUUCACGUCUGGCUGCUGGCGGCUGACCGCCGCACGGUCAUUGCCCAGCACCACGUGGCCCCUCGGACCAACGGGAGAGGCCCCCCUGGCCGCUGGAUUCAGGUGUCCCACGUCUUCCGCCAGUACGGUCCCGGCGUGCGCUUUGUCCACUUCCAGCACAAGGCCAAGAACCGCAUGGAGCCCGGGGGACUAUGGAGGACGAGGGUGACUGAUUCCUCUGUGUCCGUGCAGCUGCGGGAGUGACCGCUGACGGGCUCUCCAGUCCCUGGAAGUCCCUGGCGUCUGUCACCUCUGAACCCUUGGGGUUUAUGAUGCUUCCCGCCCUUCCUGUGUGUGGGUGCUUAGCCAGUCCGACCCUCCUCAUCCCCUGAGCCUCCUCACCCCUGACCCCUCUGACCCCCUGAGCCUUCCUCACUUCUCUGACCCUCCUCAUCCCCUGAGCCUCAUCACCCCUGACCCCUCUGACCUUCCUGACCCUCCUCAUCCCCUGACCCUCCAUAACUCCCUGACCCCUGCUCACUCCUUGGCUUCUCUUUAUUUCCCUGACCCCUCGUUACCCCCUGACCUCUCACCUCUCUGACCCCUCGUGACCCCCUUGACCUUUCUCACUUCCCUGACCCUUCCUCACUCCCUGACCCCUCACCCCCUGACCACUCCCCAUGCCCCUGAUCCCUCGUUUCUUCCCUUGACCCUCCCUCCUCACCUCUUACCCCUUGACCCCUCGUCACCUCACUGACCCCUCUUUACUGACUUCUCAUCAUCCCCUUGACCCUUGGCCCCUGUCCCCUCCACCCCGGCCCUACCUUUCUCACUUCUCUGCCCUCAGUUCCUUCCUAACGAUUUCUCCCUGCCCGGGUGGGUCUUCUUUGACAUCUCCAGGCUGCCAUGAAUGUGUGGCUCUGGACAGGACCGUCCCUUGCAGAGCCACUGCUGGUCUCGUUGUGGGUGCUCAAUAAACCUUCCGAGAAUGGGCGUAAGAGAACACGUGCUCAGAGGCCAGUGUCUGCCUGCUCUCUGUUCACGAGACUUUCCUCAGUUCGCGUCUCACCCACACAGCCAACCUUUUACCUCUGGGUACUUCUGCGACCUCUGGA